GUCAAACCGAACCUCCUCCUCCGCUUACUGUCCCCUCCCAGCGGGUCUCCCUCCCUUCAGCCACUGCAGUGAAAGCUUCGGUGAAGGAGAGAGAGACGGUGAAGAGAGCCUGAACCUGGGUGUAAAGCCAGGACGAGACCCGAGAGCACCAACAGCGUAUUUUUCUCGUAUUUCUCGCCACAGCUCGGCGGCCUGCUGACUCCUGCUGUUGUAACCUCCUUUUCCGUUCACAUCGCCUGGAUUUCAUCAUCCGACCUGCAAGAUGGGAAAUGAAGCCAGUUACCCCCUGGAGAUGUGCUCACAUUUCGAUGCUGAUGAGAUUAAGAGGCUAGGGAAGAGGUUUAAGAAACUCGACCUAGAUAACUCUGGCUCACUCAGCGUGGAAGAGUUCAUGUCUCUGCCCGAGCUGCAACAGAACCCACUGGUGCAAAGGGUUAUCGACAUAUUCGACACGGAUGGGAAUGGAGAAGUGGACUUUAAAGAGUUUAUCGAGGGCGUCUCACAGUUCAGCGUCAAGGGGGACAAAGAGCAGAAGCUUCGGUUCGCUUUCAGGAUCUAUGACAUGGACAAGGAUGGCUACAUCUCCAAUGGUGAGCUCUUCCAGGUGCUGAAGAUGAUGGUAGGCAACAACCUGAAGGACACGCAGCUCCAGCAAAUCGUGGACAAGACCAUUAUCAAUGCAGACAAGGAUGGAGACGGCAGGAUAUCCUUUGAAGAGUUCUGUGCAGUGGUUGGUGGUCUCGAUAUACACAAAAAGAUGGUGGUGGAUGUGUGAGUGCUCUCCGCUUGCUGAAUCCCCCCCUUUGUCCUCGACUCUCGCUUUCUCCACCAUCUCUGAAGAUCUGCUCAAGACGUCCGGCAAAACGCUCUCUGUGUAAAUCAAUGGAAGUAUUCGCUUUCUCUCUUUUUUUUUUUUUCUCUCUCUCUCUCUUUCUCUCUCUGUGAAGCCACUUUUUCUUUAAAAAGAAAAAAAAACACAGGCCUCGUGAAGCCAACUUUGAAGUGUUAUUGAACUGUAAAUCCUCUCAAUAACCCGGUCGUAGCACUUUAAGAGACUGAAGGACAUCUAUUUGUCAUUUGCAAGAGCAUCUCCAGUUUUGGAUGAGGGAGGAGGAAGGGGAGGAAGGGGGGAAGGGGGUGCGGUGAAGAGGCUGGUUGGCUUGUUCAUAUUUCUCUCUUUCUUUCUUUCUUUCUGUCUUUUUUUUAUUGUUAUUUUUGAUAUUUAUUUUUUGUUCUUGUCUUUUAUAAAGAAGAAAAAAAUACAAGUAUAUCUAUGGUUGUCUCGUGAGGGGAAGUGUGUAGUGUAUUAACACUUGACUUGCAGCACAACUAGAAAGUAGGGUAUGAAGUGCCAACCAGAACAUAUCCAGAAAACCAGUCCAAGUUAUUACCCAUCAUCACAGCAGUCAUUCAUGCCAGACAAACUGGCUUGUGACGCUUCCAACUGCUCGACUGCGAGUCACAUUAGAAGCAAAUCAAAAUUUCUUUUUUUUUUUUUUUUUUUGGGUCUCCAUUUUUAGCUUACGCACGCAGUUUGGCCAGACCGGUAAAGCUUUCAGUCACUCUUAGAAAAUACGCUUCUUUUUUUUUUU